AUGGCGGCGGAGGCGCCGCUCUCCACGGCCCCGCUGCCGGUCCCGGUCCCGGUCCCGGUCCCGCCCCCUCAGCGGUUCUCCACCCGAGGAGGGGAGCCCCCCUGUGCUCCAGCAGAGUCCCGUCGUGCCUGGCCUUGGGUUGUACGGAGUGCGCCGCUGGCACGGGUGCUGUGCGGUGCGGGAUUCGGCCGGUGCUGGGGUGCCCGCGCUGCUCCCCGUGCUCCCCGAGGGCAUUCCCGCGGCCUCUCUCCCGGGGGUCUCCUCAAAGAUCCUGCCUCAGACAUUUGGAUCAAGGUUUUAAGUUCCUUGGACUGUAAAUAAUCUUUUGAGCCUCAGGCAAUUCCCUGCAGCAUAACCUGGAGGAGAAACAUGGCAAGCACUCUGUCUGCUCCGGAUGACUCCACGGUGAAGACUGAAGGGGAGAAGGAGGUGCUGGUGUUAGUGGAGCCAGAAGAUUUUCUAAAGCGCCUCUUUUCCCUAACCCAGAGUUUUGUCGAUGCCCCACCAGGGAGUCAGCCGGUUCUGAACCAAGUACUGCCUUUGGCCAGCCCGGAGGGCUCCUCCACCAGAACCUACAGCCCAGCCGUCGUGGGGCUGGGUGCCUACCGGUGUAACCGGGAGCAGGACAGGCAGCAGGCACGGAGCCCUGCAAAGCAACGUCCCGGAUCCCAGCCUGGCCCUGAGCUGUCCAUGACUCAGCGGGAGAUACUGGAGACGCUGGUGGUGCUUCCGCUGUGGGGUAACACUGAGGUACUCUUCCUAGACACGUGGCAGGAAUUUGGUGAACACGUUUCUGCGCUGACAAAGGUGAUAGCGAAACGCCCGUACAAGAGGCAGCAGGAGAUGCACGAGUUGCCUUUCUGCACUGCGGGGAUCUCAGGCAGCAGGGUGCGAGUGGAGAAGGAUGGCACGGGACUGUGGCAGGUGUGGAAGAGACAAAUCCAGCAGUUUAAUAGGGUCAGCCCUGCAACGGCAGCAGCAGUAGCAGAAGCAUAUCCCUCCCCAAGCCUCCUGGUACAGGCCUACAAAGAGUGCAGCACGGAUGAUGAACUACUUCUGCUGAGUGACAUCCCAGUGAAAUCGGAUGUCGUUGGGCAGGACCGCCGCCUUGGGCCAGACUUAUGCCGCCACAUCUACCUCUUCAUGGUAUCCACCGACCCCAACCUUGUCCUGGACCUGACGGCGUAGUGGGACCUCGGGCUGCCUUGGUCAGCCCCAUCGUUUUUAUCUGCCAAAACUCAGCAGUAGCGGAGCUGCUGCUGGCAUGGCCGUGCAGCUCGGAGCCCAGCCAGUGGAAGCAGCUGGUUCUGUUUCAGAACAGAGACUUGCACAUCAAUAAAUGUCUCGUUACAGAUGC